AUGGAAAGAGUGUUAACCAGACAUGAAGAGAAACCUUAUGAGAUUGAACAAACCCAGCUGUCAAUUAGAGCUUACCGAGAGUUUCUAGAAGACGAAGACGUUGAUGGAGCGGAGGAUUCUGGUGACUUAGGAGCUACUGCAACCGCGGCCAGUGAAUCUCGAGUGAGCCAGAAACCUGAUGCCAAAGCACAACAGCUGCACAUAGCUGUAGAUCCCGAUGUUAUGGAAUACGUCACGUCUACAGGAUUCCAAGCUGAACUGAACAAUUCACUGUCUGGAAAAAAGAGCGAAAUCACCUUGAAACCCAACAGCAAAAUGGCUGUAAUAGUGUACCGUGGGGAAGAUGACAGUGAUUCAUGGCAAUCUGAAUGCAUUGACCAAGUACAAAAUUAUCUCGGCAAGUUUGAGAAGUGCGAUGUGCAGGUCAACAAGGAUUUCUGGGAAGCCGUUAUAGCAAAAGUUCCCAGCAUUCGCACCUGCUUAGGAGUUGAUCCCCCGCUGAUCAAGACUAUUCCUGAUUCAAAUAUUGUUAGGAUCGUUUCAUUAGGAACAAACGUGAAAAGUAACGAGGAUAAGGUGAAGUCAAAGUUGGAAGAAAUAUACCGCGAGGAGACCAGAAAAACUUACCUGAAGAAGAAAAUUCCAAAUGUUCCUAAGGAGCGCCUAAUUUUGCUGAAGAAGAUAAAAUUUGCCGAGAAACUCCAAGAAAAGAACAAGGAGCUGGAGAUCAAGAUUAAUACUGAAGGUGAAGAAAUAUAUUUCGAAGGUCCCCAGUCACAAUUCACUGAGGCAACCAUGAAGUUCUACAAACAAAUGGCUGACAUGGUUGAGAAGAAACUAACUUUAUCCGUCAGCAUCCUGAAGAUUUUAAACUCAGAUGAGGGGCUUCAGACUGUCAAAUGUGAGUUGGAAAGAAACAACGUGGAAGCAGUGUUCGUUAUUGAGAAAGACGCCACCAUAGUGGGAUCAUCAGCAGCGCAUGCAAACAACGCGGCGGGGCUCGUGAACAAGUUGACGGUGGAAGAGAAAGUUCAAGUGGACGAGAAAAGCAAGCAUUUAUUAAAGUCAUCUGAAUGGCUGAGGUUGUGUGGCGAGAUGAACCAAACGGCUGUCCGUGUCCGGAGGGACAACUGGAACGAUACAUACGUAGCUGGGUUUCGUGAUGACGUGACCGAAGUGAUAAAGAAGUUAAAUACCUUUCUUGAAAACAAUUGCAUCAGGGAGGGAAGGUUUGUGUGCACGUCUGAUAUUAUGCGAAGGUAUCUUCUUGAGCCACGUCAAGAAGAUCUACGCACCAUAGAGAAUCAACUAAAAGAUUUUGUAGUGAGUAUUAAAAAGGGAAAAGACAAUGAUGAUUUUGUCAUUUCUGGAAACAGAGAUGGUUUGAAACGUGUAGGAAAGAAGCUCGAUGCUCUGAUGGAUUCCACUGAGUUCAAAACCUUUGAAGUGAAACAGCCAGGCCUUCGAAAAUACUUUGACAGUGGAAAAGGAGAUCAGCUGGUGAAAAUGGUGGAAAAACAACAAGACUGUGCCAUAAAAGUCCAGAAAAGUUUAGGUCGAGGAGGAAAGGAAGAGGAGCUGCGCGUCGAAUCUGUUUUUGAAGCCUCUACUACUUCAGGCGACGGUGAAGAUGAUGCGGAGGAUGACCACGCUACCACUACUGGAACUGACUCGUCUACCUUGGUAAUAGCCCAAAGGUACAGAGUGUCGUGGAAACCUGGAAACAUAGGGGAAGAGAAGGUAAGAUCGACUCACUAAUUUCUUCACACCAGCAGAAUAUUUUACGAAAAUACCUUAGAGGAUCUUGUUGGCACAUAUAUGGAUUUUAAAGGAAGAUGUUUUUCGUCUUGUCACGAGCGUGUGACAAAGAAAAAAAAUCUGAGUCGCCAUGAGGAAUCGAACCUCAGACCUUUGGAUUCCGCGCUCCGAUGCUCUACCACUGAGCCACAUUACGAAGUUCAUAUAACACGCGUCCUGCAUACUGCUAGGAUCAGCAAUGUCGAUAGCGUAAUGUUUGCAGAUGGAAACAAGAGAGAUGGUAGUUUUUGAGCUCCGUAAAGAAAUAAAGAAAGAUGUUUUUCGUCUUGCCACGAGCAUGGGACAAGACGAAAAAAUGUUUCUUUAUUUCUUCACCGAGCUCAAAAACUUACCAUUCCUCUUAUAUGGAUUUUAGUUCUUCACUUAGCUCUCAUCUGCUCAUAGAGUGUGGUUACAUUAUGUAACGCCUCUCUAAUUAGGAGUGCCAAGUCUGAUAACGAUUACAGUCAACCAUAUUGAAGAAGUUCAUGAAGCACUGACAAUAUUUUUUUGGUUGUGUCUUCUAGGCUGACGUACUUGUCUGUUCUCUAGGAGCAUGCCAUAUAGCAAUCAUUAACACCGGUGGCCCCAAGUCCAAAAUCCCCAACGUUGGUGACAUUACUGUCUCAGGUGGUUUUUCCUCGGUCAGUCACGUGAUUCUCGCUAACUGUUGCAAGUGGAACAACGGUGAAGGGGAACCGGUAAGAAACAAUGAAAAUACAUUGAAGAGUACUUAUUGUUUAGAUUUGAUUAAAGCCUAAACGAUGUCGGAUGCCCGACUGGCGAAUCCUAUCCAUUCUCUUGUAGCAUACAGCAACUGAAGACUGUUCAGGCUCGAUUUGAUGUUAUUUCCGAUGUAGGUUAUCGUCAAACAUUCCGUCAUGUCAGACAUGGUUUGAUGCUACUCUGGUUUAAAGAUUUAAUGAAUGUAACCGAGAAGUUACAAUUCAUAGACCCAAUAUUUCGACAUUCCUGUCUAAUGCCUUCAUCAGGGGUGAUCUAAACGCUGCAACCAGAGGUCCCUUUAUACGUUCACCAAUUAGCUGCCUUUUUUCUAACGAGGUGUAAAUGGGCGUCAGGAAGUAGGCCGCCAUCAUCACGAUUUAGAGGAGCGUGGACGGAGUUAAUAUGCCAGGCUUCCAAACAAAGGCGCUGGUGGUAACGCCGAUUAGUAAUGAUAAUAUUAGACUUAUCCCCCUGAAUUGUAGGGUUGGUUAGGCAUGUGUGCUCCGAUAAAGCUAAAUUUUCUUUUUUAUAAAAGAAAACCGCUUUUUGAUGCUCUUUCAAACGUGUACCAAACUGACGUUUGGUCCGUUCGAUACUCGUUAUCACAGUCAUUGCAAGGAAUAGAAUAAAUAGCGUCGGUUGGUUGUUCUUUCGUAACAGGACCAUUCUCUUCGGGAAUGAUCAAUCGUAUAUGUAACGACACAAUUAUUUCAUAAAGUAACUUUCAAUUUCUGGUAUCAUUCGAAAAUCUUAAUCAGAAAUUUUGUAGAGUUGGUGAGAGCAAAGAUCUUGCUAGAAAAAAAACAAAAUGAGAAAAAAUUAAUUAGGACUAAAGGUAAUUUCCGUGAAGUUAUAAUUCAAACAUCCUCGAUCCUGAUCCUGAUCCUGAUGUUCUCUGGUGUGAACAUCCUGCAUGGCGCCCUCUCAAUAUCCUCUGAAAAAUGUUAACAAAAUUCAAGUUUCAGAUAACUUUGAUCCCCGGAAAACAAAUUCCAAGAAAACUAAAAAUAGCUCGAAGGGGAGUCAGUUUUUUAACCUUUUUAAGGUCACUCUUUAAGGUUUUUCUCCUCCCUUUAUCAAUCCAUUAUCAACCGGAAAGGCGACGGGAAGAAGGAAAAUAUACCAAUAAGGGGAUAUUGUAUGACUUAACGCUAAAUUUUAAGUUCCAAACUCAAAAGAAAUGUACAGAAGACAGUGUGGAGAAUUGCUAUUGAGAUCACAUAGGAACGAAAAGAUUUUCAACAACUUCUAUUUCAUCUUUUGUAGACGCUAAGGGCCAUCGUUCAAAAGUGUCUGCAAACAGGCCAAACGCUUAGAGCGAACUCCAUUGCAUUUCCUGUCAUUGGGACUGGAAACCUGCGCUUCCCACGCGAUGCAGCCUCGAGAAUCAUGUUGGAUGAAACAGUCAAUUUCUGCAAAACCAACCUUGCUUCUAAUUUACGGGACAUCCGAUUUGUCGUGUUUAACCAAGAUCAAGCAUUAACUACCGCCUUCAAACAAGAGAUGGACAAACUACAGCCCAAGCAAACUAGCCUCCCUGCCAUCACGACUUUAACUAAAGGAAUACGUUCCUUCUUUGGAUGGAAGAAAACAGUGGGGACAUUGGGUGUAAGCAUUGAAGUCUUGCAGGGCGACUUGUGCCAGGAAACUACGGAUGCCAUAGUGAAUAUAACAAGUAAAGACUUGAAUAUGGACAGUGCUGGAAAGUUGAGCCAGACGGUGAAACAGCUAGCCGGGCCACAGGUUGAGACUGAGUUGAAGCAGUUCGGACAGCAAUCAGGUGGAACCGCAUUGAUCACCAGCAGUGGAAAUCUCCCUACGCAGAAAAUUAUUCACUUAAUUCCAGACACCAAUAAUAAAGACCACCUCCAGCAGUGUGUUGAAAGAUGUCUUCGGCUGGCAGAGACGCAUAGUCUUAGAUCCAUUUCGAUUCCCGCAGUUGGUACUGGUGCAUUCCAUGUUUCUGCAGUGGACUCGGCCGGCUUGAUAUUUAAGGCCCUGACAAACUUUAGUAGAAGCUUCCGUAGUGUCCGCAAGGUCAGGAUCGUAAUCUUCGAGUCUCCAAUGCUGUCGGCAUUUCAGCAAGAACAUCAGAGGCAUUCUUUUUCUCCACAAGUAGGUGUGGCUCAGCGCAUAACCUUAACUAGCCCGUUCAGUAUCGAGGUGAUAAAUGGUGAUUUGACGCAGGAGAACAGCACUGAUGCUAUCAUGAAUAUCAACAGCACGGACAUGAACAUGAAUAAUGCAGGAGACCUAAGCAAAGCCAUAGCAAGACGGAGUGGUCGACUUGUGCAACAAGAAUGCAACCAAUUGGGAAAGCAGCCUCCUGGAACAGCGAAAAUGACCAGCGGAGGUAAUUUACGAGUGCCUCAUAUUAUUCACAUAAUUCCAGGCUCCUCAGAUAAGCACCAUCUCCAGCAAUGUUUGGAGGAGGGUCUUCGCGUUGCGGAUGCCAAUAAUCUUCAAGCAAUCUCAAUUCCGUGUGUUGGCACAGGAGGAUACGGCUUGACCGCAGCGGACUCAGCCCAACUGACGUUCAAAGCACUAAACGCAUUCGUUUCCCGCUGUAAAAAUAUUAAAAAAGUAAGAGUGGUCGUGUUCCAGGCCCCUAUGAUGCAGGAGUUUCUACAAGAGCAGAAAAAACAACUGGUGCGAGGUAUUGAAGAAGACAGUGACUCAGAGGAUGCAGUAGUUAAGCAAACCCGAAGACGCGGACGUAGGCAGGCACCAGGCCAAAGUAAUGAACAUUCUGUAAUAAUUUCUGUGAUCGGCAAAGACAAGGUGAGCGUGGGAAAAGCCGUGGAAUCUUUGAAGAAAGGUUUCUCUGACGCUUGUACAACGGAAAAAGUCGAAAAUGAAACGGUCAGUCAGCUUUCCGAUAAGCAGAAAGAUAUCCUGAGAAAAAAGGCUAAAGACCGUGACGUCAAACUUGAAAUUGAGGAUGACGUUAAUCGCAUUGUCGUUCGUGGUGGACCAACCGAAGUUUCUGGAAUAGUCGGGGAGAUCUGGAAAGAGAUCAAUGAGAGGACGAAGAAGAAGCAGGAGGAGGAACAAGCGAAGUUGGUUUUAAAGAACAUAGAGUGGAGCUAUGAAAUACAAGGCAUACAAAUGGCGUUUGCUCCGAAAGCAAAUGCCAAGAUUGAGUUGGCCCACAGCAAAGACGAGCACACAGUGCAAGUUUCUCUACGAGGAGACAAGUUUGUUAUCGACUUGAAGAGAAACUCUGGACGUGGACAAACAUUUGGUGAACAAAUAACACUGACAAGAAAGGUGAAGGGUGCUGAUGAAGGUUAGUUGCUAUGCAUUUCUUUUGAAGAGGAUGUUUCGAUAAGCUUUAAGAAAGGACUGAGAGCUAUUUCAUGUCCCAGAGGACGUUUAAGGUAAUAAACAUUUAAUACAGGAAGGGGAUAUUCAGAAAAGCUGUCCUUAAAUGUCUCCACUGAGCUUUCUUGAUAAUCUUGAAUGUGUCUUACCUUGAAUAUGUUCUUGGAUGUUGAAAUUUAACUUCAGUCGAUGGGUUUUCAUUUCAACAUUCUAAUGUUUUGGUCCUUUCUGUAGGAAUUGCUCUGCCAAAGCACUGGACACCAAUGCCCCGCCAUGACUCCACUGUACAUAAAGUACCGCUGCACCCAAGUUCCCCUGAGUAUCAAGAUGUGGUACGUAAGUUUCAAGCUACAGUCGGUGCGUUAAAUAUUCAGAGGAUUGAACGCGUACAGAAUCCUCAUCUGUAUCAGUCUUACCUGGUACGAAAACAGAAAAUGGAUAAAGAUACUGGAAGAAAUAGUGAAAGACAGCUGUUUCAUGGGACUGAUGCUAAAAAUAUCAACCAUAUCAACACACAAGGAUUCAACAGGAGCUUCUGUGGGGCUCAUGGUAAGUCAGUUAAAUUUUAAAUAGAGGAGAAGUUUUCUCGUCUAGCUACGGGGUGGGAUUAAGGAAAAAUUUCAAGUACUUGUGAGGAAUCGAACCUCAGAUCUUCAGAUUUCAUUUUUCAACGCUAUACUAUUGAGCUUCAGACUCUACGAUGAGCAGGGUUUUCACAUGGUUAAUAUGUGGCACGCCUUCUACAUCCUGCAAGGAUCAUUCAUUUCGAAAGCUUCGUGUGUUAAAAAAUAUCAUUGAAGCAAUAUUUUAGUGCAAUUGCUCUUAACUAUUAGAGCCUAAUGAUGUUUUGGCCACAAUUCUAUUCAUAUAUUUGUCUACCUGUCCUACCAAGUCACCCAGACGUUGCAUGAGCUCAGGCCAAAUCACUCUUUGGAGCCAAAAAUUGGUAAUAAAAGCUGUAAUAAUAGAAGAAUAAUACAGUUGCCUCUCUCCUAACAAAUAACUUCACUGAAUGUAUGAUUUUGUUGAUAUUUUUCUCUACAUUGAGCAUUCUUUUUUUUUUUUCAGGCACGGCUUAUGGACGUGGUGUUUAUUUUGCUAGAGACGCUCAAUACUCUGUUCGAUACGCUGGGGGUGGUGGUUAUGGAGGGCGCCACAUGUAUCUUGCCAAGGUUCUCGUAGGGCAGUAUUGUGUUGGAAAUCCUUCAAUGAAGGUGCCUCCACCAAAAAACCCAUCAAAACCUGAAAUUCUUUACGAUUCUGUGGUAAAUAAUCAAUCAAGCCCCAGCAUCUUUGUUGUUUUCUUUGAUAAUCAGUGUUACCCUGAAUACCUUAUAACCUUUUGAAGACCACAUGGACCUUUUACUUAGAAAACAGCAGAGUUAAAGGCCGAAAAAGCUUGAAAUGCUUUAUAGUUCAACUUAGUUUAUCAGCUAUAUGAAUUGCAGAAAAUCGUUCUCCUUCACAGUGUAGGGAACAUCAUAUAAAUGUUGGUUAUAGUUUCUCGAUAGCUUUCUUUACUCAAAGCUUAUUCUUUAUCCUAUAAGUUGAAUGAUUAUAUCCUUGGAGCUAGAGGGUCCUUGUAAUGCCAAACAGUAAAAUCCAGCUGAACGCUUUUUUAUCUCAACAGUGGAGUUACCACUAGCCUACAGGCUACAGUUGUCAUUUUUUCACGUUUCUCGGGCGAGCGUAGGGAAACGCGAGACGUGCGCGGGGACCACGACAUAGUCGUGUUCCUCGCCCCACGCGUUCACCUCGCGCUAGCCCCGUUUUCUCUCUUGGAAAAGAAAAGAGUUCUGCUGUUCUCAAAACGGUAUUUUCCUUUUUAUCGCCAGACAGACAAACAAUAUUUUGUUACAUCAAUUUUCUACCAAAAAUAAAACUGGCGAAAGUAGAGAAUUUCGAAAAAUAUGCGUACCUUUUUGAGAAAUGACAGUGACGUCGCUAAGAUGACAUUUGAUUUAUGAUGUAAAACAUUUACUGAAAAGAAACUUAAAGAAGCAUUUAUUAUUUAGUUGGCAGCCAAAAGCUCGGUCAGAAAGUGUGGCAUAGUAUUACCCACGGGUUUCACGAAC